AUGGAAAAAUUCAUGAUGUUGGUUGCAGAGUCUGAUCGUGAGAAGAAGAAGAAGAGACGAUGUUCUGUGUGUCGGCUACCAGUGAAAGGACACCCGGGACCAUACGGCCGCGGCAGGUGCACUUUUGAGCGACCAGAAGGAACCUCAGAUGAAGACUUUUUCGGACGACAGCGGGGUAGUGCUAACGUUCAGGAGAAGAUCAGAGGCCUUCGGCGGCACAGUAAAGUUCCGGAGCUAGUGCGUAAGGCCUGGUCGGACAGCCUCUCGGAAGACGCGGAAGAGGAGGUGAGGUUGGCUAGAUCAUACAACCUAAAGAAAUCGUCGGAUUACGGCGGAGAGAAAGCCAGCGUUCGAGCAAGAAGUGAAUCCCCUCCCCAGGUUUCUCGCCAAAACGCACGUGAUCGGAGCAGGGAGUAUGCACAAGUGAAAGACCAGCCUGACAUACGAGACCUGAGAGAAUCUAGGAAAUUGGUCAAAGAGGUGGACAAGGCUUUGGACGACUUGUUAAAUCCAAGGCGCCGGCGUCGCAGGGGGUCGCGUAAGAAGAAAACCGAGGCUAGGGAUCCGCCCCAAACGCUGUCAUCCGACACAACCGAGUCAGAGUUGGGUUUCGUGAGAAAACCAGACAAGCGCAAGCGUCGCAGGGGGUCGCGUAAGAAGAGGAGCGCUACUAGGGUCGGCGGCAGGAAGAAAGAGAAAGGCAAACGCUCCCGGCGCAACUAUGACUCAGACACAUCUUCGUACGACUCCCGCUCACGUUCUAGGAGGCGACGUCGUGCAGGUAAGAGCGGUCGUAACCGUACUAUCAAUGAUUCGGGUACACGUCGGGUCAAAGUUGAUUGGCCACAACAUCGGGUGCAUUUCCCGGGAUAUGGUAAAGAAGGGGGCGUGACUUAUGACGAGUUAUCCCUACCCAUGCUUGUGCACGGCUAUGUUAAGAAUGUUCUCGAUCGUGAUCGGGUAUCUACGGACGCAGAGCAUAAGUUGGUUCACCUAGCAGAUCUUAUGUUCGAUGCUGUCUACUAUGAUUGGGUUGCAGUACGGGAAGUUCACGCAUCUUUACUGUAUGGGAUGGAAUACGGAUCGCUCGCAUGGGGGAACCGCGGUGCCUUUGAUGCUAUCAGUGAAAGACACUACCGAACACAGGCUAGGGUUGCUCGGGGCAACGUGGGCAACGCGCCGAGGGCGGGGCUUGUGAAAGAGGCUCGAGUGUCGGCAAGCAGACCUCGCUACUGUGACGAGUUCCAGACCGGGUCCUGUUCUCUACCCUCCGGGCAUUGGAGCACACGAUGGAACGCCCCACUGCUACACGUCUGUAGUGCGUGUUUGAUAGUUCGGGAGAUUCAGGCACCGCACCCGAGUCAAGAGUGCCAGCACAAACGCCGGGGCCCGGCAGACAGAGCAAAUCGCAGCUUCGGUAACUCCGCCCACUUCUCCCAGGGACCCGGCCCCGCACGUGGCGGCACACAAGGCGAUCAGGCUACAUGAAGAGCCAGCAAAGACCUUACAUUACUGCGAGACCGAGUGCGUCAGACUAAACGGGCAGCCUUUGCUGAAGGAACUUGGGGGAACUUGAGAACACAUUUACGAACCUACAUGCUG